AUGGGAAAAGGGGAAGAACACUCAUCUUUGCAAACACCAUCUAGUUCAAAUUCCCCAACCGCGGAUAUACCAUCAAGUAACCGGUACUUUGUAGAUUACACUAGUGCUGGUUACUACGGACCACUUCCUGGCUGGCCAAUGCCUUUUCCGCCAUAUCCAGAUGGCGGCCAAUAUCCAACAAACAUUCAAGUGAAUGCUGAUUACCCGACUCCUCCUCUCAUGACUAUAAGCUCCGCUAUGAGUGGAGGAGUUGAUACAGAGGAAGCACCUUUAUGUAGAGAAACUGAUAUUCCAUGUACCUCUGGAAUAGUUGAAGAAAGCAAAGAAGAUAGACCAAAUUUACAAGAAACUGAGGAAGGCAUUGUUGGGACACCGCAGUUAGAGGAUGAAGUUGGUGGUGAUAUGAUUGAAGAGCCAAAGUCGGGAAUGGAGUUUAAUUCUUUUGAAGAAUUAAUGGAUUAUUAUAAGCAAUAUGCUAAGAAAUCAGGGUUUGGGGUAAUGAUAAGAAGGACUGAUAAGGGGGAUGAUGAGACCGUUCGAUAUGUCACGCUUGGUUGUGCCCGUGGUGAGAAGGCUCGGAAUAGGAGCUUGAAUGUCGCCAGACCACGUCCAACGGGAAAAACAGAAUGUAAGGCAAAGAUUAAUGCCUUAAAAGUUGAUGGAAAGUUCCGGAUGACAACAGUUCAUAAUAUUCAUAACCAUGGCCUUAGUCCAAAUAAAUCUCGCUUCUUUCGAUGUAAUAGAGAAGUGAGUGACUCUGUAAAAAGAGUCCUAGAUAUAAACGAUAUGGCUGGCAUCCGAAUGAAUAAGAGUUUCGGAUCUCUCGUCGUUGGCGCUGGUGGAUUCGAGAACCUUCCAUUUUUAGAAAAUGAUUAUCGUAAUUAUAUCGACAAGGCAAGACAUCUAAGGCUUGGGAAAGGUGGUGCUGAAGCUCUUCGAGAGUAUUUUUGUAGGAUUCAGUACAAAAAUCCUGGUUUCUUUGCACUGAUUGAUUUGGAUGAUGACGGGAGGUUAAGGAAUGUCUUCUGGGCAGACCCCCGUAGUAGGGCAGCCUAUCAAUAUUUCGGAGAUGUGUGUAUGGAUGGUAUCGCUCCGAAAGCUAUUAUCACCGAUCAGGACAGAGCGAUGAAAAAUGCAAUUGCUAUUGUCUUUCCUGAAAGCCGACAUCGACUUUGUUUGUGGCAUAUUCUGAAAAAAGUUCCCGAGAAGCUGUCCUCUUAUGCUUCCUACAAAAGUGGGAUGAAGAAUGCAUUGAUGAAAUGUGUGUAUGAUACACAAACUGUUGAUGAGUUUGAGAAAUGUUGGGAUCAUUUUAUCACCUCUUACAAGUUGCAUGAGAAUGCCUGGCUUUCAAGUUUAUACACUGAGCGUGAGUAUUGGGUGCCAGCAUUCUUGAAGGACUGUUUUUGGGCUGGGAUGAGUACAACGCAACGCAGCGAGAGCAUGAAUGCUUUUUUCGAUGGCUAUGUUCAUGCAAAAAUAAACUUGAAAGUAAUUGUCGAUCAGGAAGUUCAGAUGCAACUUACUGGCAUUAUCGAUUUGGAUCCAGAAUUACUUAAGAGGGAUGGUGCAGUAAAGACCUAUCUGGUAGAGGACGAAGUUCGGGUUGAAGAGUUCACUAAGUCUGUUACGUUUUCUGUGGACUUUAGUGAGGAAAAUGCAGAUGCUAAGUGUUCAUGUGGUUUAUUUCAGAUGAGGGGUAUAUUGUGCAGGCACAUUCUCGCUGUAUUUAAAUGUAACGGGAUAAAAUCUCUGCCAGAGAAGUACAUUUUAGACCGAUGGAGGAAGGAUAUCAAAAGGAGAUACACGUUAAUCGAUACCAGCUAUGACGCAGGGGAUCAACGACCAGAUGCUUCCAGAUAUUCAAGUCUAUUAAAAAUCUGUUAUCAAAUGAUUACUCAUGCAGCGAGUUCAAAAAAACAUACUGCGGAUGCCACACAUAAGUUACACGCAAUGAUUGAAUUAUAUAUUGAGAAUCAAGAACUCCCAUCGAUUUCCCUCACUGGUUCGAAUGUUGGUUGUACUCAAAAUGACACAGCCACAGUGGGUAGCUCAAAAUAA